CCCGCCCACGACCGCGCCGACGCCAAAGCGCUGCUCGACGACCGCGGCUACACAGGCAAACUGAUCCGCGGCCAGAACCCCGCGCUGCUCUUCGAAAAGGGCGUGCGCGAGCGCAUCAUCGAGUCGUACUACUGGAAAGAGCAGUGUUUCGGCCUCAACGCCGCGACGAUCUGCGACCGCGCCGCGGAUAUGAAGUUCAUCGGCGGCACGACGGGGAUCAUGGGCCGGCCGACCCCGUUCCUGUGCCUCGCGUUUAAGCUGCUGCAGCUGGUGCCCGAGGAUGCGAUUGUGCGGGAGUAUUUGAAUUUUCGGGAUGAGGAGGAGGGGGAGGAGGGGGAUGGAGAGGAUGGAGAGGAUGCGAUGGAUGAGGAUGCGAAGGAUGACGAAAAGAAAAACGGCCAGGCAAACGGGCACACCCACGACAGCGAUCUCAACGCUGCGGGGAAGCUGGGCUCGUUCAAGUACCUGCGCUGCCUGGCCGCGUUUUACAUCCGGCUUGCCUGGGAGCCUGUCGACAUCUACAAGACGCUGGAGCCGCUGCUCACCGACUACCGGAAGAUCAAGCGGCGGACGAAGGACGGGUUUACUCUGACGUUCGUGGACCAGUUUGUCGAUGAUUUGCUGACUAAGGAUCGUGUCUGCGCGACGGCGUUGUGGAAGCUGACGCCGAGGAGUAUUCUGGAGGAUUUGGAGAUGCUUGAUCCGAGGGAGAGUCCGCUGGCUGGGGAGGUGGAUGCUAUGGAUGAGGAUGAGGGGAGUGGG